GCGGCCGCGAGUGCGCGCACCACGCAGGAGGAGAACCACCCUCGGCGUGGCCAGUCUCGCUCCAGCUGCGACCUAGCCGGCGUCGGUGCUCUCCCGCUGCUCUCUCAGCCUCACUCUGCCAACACAAAAACUGCUCCUUUCGCGUGUGUGUUCUUCGCUCUCUCGCUCGCUCGCCGACGUGCUCAGUGCCCGCCAGUGCGGAUUAAUCUUUUGGAUUACUUAUUGCCGGUACAACCAACAGCCAGCCAACCAGCCAAGCAGCCAGUUCGUUUUUAUUCAGGAGUGGCGUGAUUAACAGCGCAACUGCAACCAGGACACAAUGCACGUUUAGUUCUGGCCGUGGCAUCUGGCUGCAUGAUGGUUAAGACAAAGACGGCUGCACGUCGGAUGCAGCCUCUGCUGCUGAUGCUGCUGCUGAUGCUUUCCCGGAUGGCAGACGGUGUCGCGGUCGCCGCGCCUGACGACGCCCUGGAUUUUCAAAAAAAUCUUCCAGAUCCGGAAGUGAUAUGGGCAGUGCAGGGCCAAGAUGCUGAGCUGCCAUGCGACAUUACGCCACCGAUAUCUGGGGACAAAGUGAACAUGGUUCUUUGGUUCAAAGCAGGAACCGGCAUACCCAUCUACAGCGUGGACGGAAGGGGUGGAUCGCUCGAGUCGGGGCCGCACUGGGCCAUGUCCAGCGCCUUUGGACUAAGGACCUUCUUCAUGAGUGGUGUCAACGGCGCUGGCAAACUGCGAAUCAAGAACGUUGAAGCCGAAGACCAGGGCGUCUACAGGUGCAGGGUCGACUUCCUCAAUUCUAGGACGAAAAACUUCAGGGUCAACUUCACCAUAGUCGUUCCGCCCGACACCCCGCAGAUUUACAACGCCCAGGGGGAGGAAGUAGUGAGUGAGGCAGGUCCGUUCCUAGAAGGAUAUGACCUAUAUCUGUCGUGCCACGUGACCGGAGGCCAGCCCAAGUCAGCCGUCUCGUGGUGGUUGGGCAACCAGCUGCUUGACGCGACGCAUGAUGCCGAAUCGACCAACUCGAACGUGUCAAUCAACCAGCUGUUCCUGCCGAGCGUUGGCCGUUCUUUGUGGGGCCAGCGGCUGGCCUGUCACGCUCGAAACUCAAAUAUGACGUCGGCUGUGGUGAAGGAAGUGGCCCUGCUCAUUUACUUAAAACCGAAGAAGGUGAGCAUCAAAGUGAGCCGCGGAGCAACUUUUUCGGCGGGCCGGGUGCAUCAGCUGGAGUGCGAGUCGUGGGGAUCAGUGCCGGCACCUAGGAUGACGUGGUUGAUUGAUGGAGAGCCUCUCCGAUUGGCAGACACUGUCAUAACUCACGGACUGAACUCGAGCACCAGCGCCCUGGUGCUGCAGCCCACGCUCCAAGACCACGGCAAGGAACUCACUUGCCGCGCUGAAAACCCUAGAUUUCCUGGUGGCUUCGUUGAGGACCGCAUCCGCAUGAAUAUAGCCUAUGCGCCGACUGCUUAUGCCAAACUGGGGGAGAACAUCGACCCCAACAACAUCAAAGAGGGAGCUAACGUUUUCUUUAAGUGUGACGUGUCCGCCAAUCCACCUGUGAACAACAUCUCUUGGCUCCACAAUGAUAUUCCCUUAAGGCAUGAUCCAGAUAACGGAAUCAUCUUCUCGGACAAGCGUUUGCUGCUGAAGGCGGUGAGCAGGAGGACAGCCGGCAUGUACCAGUGCGUGGCCACGAAUAGCGAGGGUUCGUCCAGGAGCGAGCCAGCCAACCUCAAAGUCAUGUUUGCACCCGGGUGCAAGGGGGAUGGGCAGCUGCAGAUCGGAGCCCUGCGCCACGAGACCAUCAGCGUACGGUGCGAACUGGACGCCGACCCGCCCGUCGUGCGCUUUAGCUGGACGUACAACCGCUCAAGGGACGUGCUGCACGUGUCCGCCGCCAGGGUGCGUUCCACCGGCCUCACCUCCAUUCUGGACUACACCCCGGUCAGCGACGCCGACUUUGGCACCCUCGCUUGCUGGGCCAGCAACUCGAUCGGAAGGCAAAAGUUGCCCUGCCUCUUCCACAUCGUCCCAGCCAAAACACCGCGUCCUCCAGACCACUGCGUCGUUUCCAACAGCAGCAUCUCUCCAUCCGGCCUCGAGGUCGUCUGUUUGGCCGGCGAAGAUGGCGGUCUACCGCAGUACUUCGUCCUGGAGGUGUCCGAGGCGAGGAACAACCCGCUGGACAGACGGCGGGACGAUUCUGACCCAGACUCGGACGACUCGGAGGAGCAGGUGGUGUCGGUGGGCGCUGCCGUGCAGGCCGAUGGACCCAUCAGGCUGGCCCCCGUCUCCAGAAUCGUGUCGCACGAGCCCAAGUUUGCCCUGGAGAGCCUCGACCCCGGCAGAACGUACGACCUGUCGGUGUAUGCAGCCAACGCCAGGGGCAAGAGUGAGGUGGUCAUCCUGCCCAAGGUCAGGGUGCUCGCGUCUGAGGAGCACCGGCUGGCAAGCACAGGCAACACAGUUGUGGACGAAGUGACGCAGCCGGCCGCCUUGGUGCUGGGCGCCUUGGUGGCCGUGGCCUCGCUGGCCCUGUGCUGCCUGUUCGCGGCCGUGGCCACCGUGCUGUGCAAGCAGCGCCGCUCGAGCCGGCCGCGGGCAGCCGUCAAGCCACCAGCCGUAGAGGAGGAGAAGCCAGCCGUGGAGCUGAGCGUGAUCAGCGCGCCAGCCACGGUGCGGCCGCACCGCCACCUGCCCAUGCUACGCCGCAGCCAAGUGGAAAUGGAGCACUGCCAGCAGCAGGAGGCGCUGCUCCCCAAGGAGACCAUCACCAUCAUGGGCGGCCCGGCCCACCAGCAGGCCCCGCAGGACAUCUGCGGCACCUGGAGGCGGAGUAAAGCGGAAGUUCCUCGAUUAGCUCAACAAGCUGGAAGGUACACCGGCGCUGACUCGCCACUCGCUGGUUUUUGCACCUUUGCAAUGGCUACAGGGAGGAAUUUCAAUAGAAAACCACAGUGCGGGGAGGCGGAAAGAAGGUCAUAUAUAUAUUGGACUAAAGCUUCUCGGUGGCCACCGUGUGUUAUAUGUUUGGCGGUGAUGAUGGUGUGCUCAUGGUCCACGGAAUGUGCUGAGCAGAGGUUCUUAAAUAAGAAAAGAAAAACUCUUAGAGGCUAUACAUGCGGAAAUUAAUUUAAUACGAAAAAAAUCGUGAAACCUCAUAACCAUUUAAUGAUGCUGAUGUCUAAAUAGAAAAAUAAUAAAUAUGAUAAAAUCGCAAAAGAUUAAAAUUUUCCUGGUUUUGCCUGGUUUUGAUCUUUCUUUUUUUAGUAAUACUGUAAUUGUCUUCAGAAGGUAUUUUUUAUGAAUAAUAAAUUUAUAACAGUGUUCCAUAUUUUAUAAUGAUUAAACUUAAAUCAUUAUAUGUCCACAAAUGAUUUCAAAAAGCCCCCCACCUUUGUCUCAUUUUGAAAAAUCUACCCUGAAUUUUAAAAUGUUAAUAUUAUUAAUUAACGAAGAACAUGAGUUAAAUAUACAGAUUGCAAAAGAUUCCAGUCAUCCAGAAAACGUUCUUUUGAUAUUUCUUUUUCGAAAAAAGCGGUGGUGGGAAAAAUCGGACAGACCUAGCUGCAAAUUGCCCGAUCACCCAAAAGAUGAUUUCCAGCCGUCUGCUUUUUGCGCACUUCACCAACAGACGCUUGCUUUUUAUUCUCGUGAAGCGAAACGAAAAUUAAGCCUCUUAUGGAUCGUCGGAAAAUCUCGCAAAUGAGCAUUCGAAUGAAUAUGUGCAAGAGCCGUCAGAAUAAUGGGAAAUUUUAUAGAUAUUCAAAGUGGGCGUGCGAUCGAGCAAACUCUCUGCUUCAGCUCGAAUGGCUAAUUGAAGGAAAGUGGCAAUUGCGUGGAAGGAAAAGUUUUUGUGCGUCAGUGAAAUACCGCCUAUUUGGGCUGAUAAAUGAAAAUGAAUAAAGCAGCGCGGGUGGACCCCUCGAAAGAAGAUUUAAAUAAACACGUCAUAAGAGAGAAACUGGCGGAGGAAAAGAGAACGCCGAGCGCGACGAGAAAAGUUUCGACGUGGAGAAAGUUAUGAAUUAAUUUAAAACUUGCACACUCGCGUUCGUUGUGUGUACGAAUAAAAGUUGGACGCUUUGUGUUUUGAGUAUAACGUUAAUUGAAUUCCUCCGCGGCAGGGCGCGAAGCUAAGGGUGCCUUGCUACUGGCCGCUCAUAACUCUCAAGUGAAACAGGUCGCUUUAUUGAAAUCUAUCAAGAUGGAAGUUAUUGCUCUUCAAAAUUUCACUAAGAGCCGAACAAAAAAGUCUCAAUGCAUCUUGUCAGACCCACUUUAAGACGGAGGUUUUUUUUUAGAAAUGUGAAUUAUUUCCGAAUACUGUUAGAAAAAAAAGGGAAAAAUGUAUAUCCACGGCCAAAACUUCUGUAAUAGAGCUGUUAGUUGGUGUCAGGGUUUCCCCUGACCAUAUAAAACGUUCAGUAAUAAUAUAUAUCGAUCUAAACGAUGUAAAGUUUGUGGGUGCCCAAAGGGGAGAGAGACUCAGGUAUUGAAACCACGACUUGCAGGGAUGACUAUAGCUCCUCGACUCGCUUCUUCUACCGACUGCGGACCGAGCGAGACGUCGGCUACCUGGACCUGAUUCGAACCUCAGGCGCGGUCAAAAAUGCAAUUCCAGUGCUACAUAUUAAGGCGUGGUUCGAAUUUCUUAAAAUUGCAUGAUCCGUGUCGCAACGAUUUGGAGCGAAUGAAAAAUUGCUCAAUAUUCUCAAUUUUACAACCUCACCACACCUUUAUUGAAUUAAUUUAGACAGCGUUGAAACGUUCUGAGAAGCUGAAGUUAACUCGGCUGCUAGUGUGGCACAAACGAUACACAUACAAUAGAUCAAGCAGAGGCCAACCAGCUUGGUUGCUUACUUAGCCUCGCACACCACUGCUCUCAGCGUGCGCCAAACUAGGAGAGACUAAAAUAGGAGAGUGCAUGAACUCGCUCACAAAACUAGAGUUGAAUUCAGCGGCAAACACGGUGUGUGGCAAAAGUUUAGUUCGCCGGCCCCUUUUAUGAUAUCCAAUUGCUCGUCAGCCGGCUGGAAAUCCUCCAGUAGCAGAGGCGGCUUUCUGUGUGCGUCGCGUAUAAUUAAAGAGCUAGCACAUGCGACACGACUUCUUCUUCUUCUCGGGGCUCACCAAGGAAGUUGCCUCACUCGCUAUUUGUGCAGCUCCCCGGAACAAAGCAUCUCGCAGAGCAAAUUACAGCGUGUCAUAAUGCCUCCUUUGAGCAACAAUCGGCAACAAUUGAAUUAGAACACGUUGUUCUAUGGCUCCGCAUUCGGCGGAGAAAGAGGUGAGCUCGCACCUCCUUCUCUAGGCCAAAGUUUGCGACUAAAAGACGGCGAUUAUUGCUUUGUCCUCUGCAGCAAUUAUGCCGGCGAGUCAGAGAGGAAAGUAAGUAGAGUCUCUUUUGUCGAGUGUGUGCACUCAUUUUUGCAGCCAAUGCCCUUUGGUGCUUUUUGCGCCGUUCCGCUCUCUCUCAGUCGCCCAACUUUUGCAAUUUCCUUCCUCGACAACGAAAUCCGCGGAAAAUUGCCACUGUUUGUAUGCUAAUUUUCUGCCCUCGCCAGCACAGUAAUGAAAAGCCGUUCACGAGUGUGCACGCACGGUUUUUGCUUGGAAAUCAUAUAACGCCGCCGGAGAGCAUUGUUUGGCCGACUCCAUUCCAUUCCACAAAAAUUCCCCCCUCUAAUUGGACACAAAUGUUCCCACUGACCAAGCAAAAAAUUCUGCGACUCACUUAACCAAAUAAAAUACACAUUAUUAAUAAAAGUAACCAGAUUUAUAAUCAUGAAUGAAAGUUAGUGGCUAAAUUUGGGGUUAACUACGACUGUGAGCAAUCAAAUAUUUUAUUCGUCUGAGCUUCCAUUCGUCAGGCGACCAUCAAAUGAGCACAAAUCAUUCAGUUUUAAGACAAUUUUUGUUCGUGUGAGAAACUUACUCCGUAUCUUGAAAUUUUGAGCAUAAAUUUUCAAUCCAAAUAUGUUUUUUUACAAGCCCCACAAGUCCGAAAAUCAUAUUUUCGUGUAUAUAUGCGAAGAGAUGAGACCAUUGCAAAAUUUAAAUCAGUUAUGUUAUUGCUUCGGGGCAAUAAAUUAUUUUAAAAGUGCACGUCAUUAAAUUUCAAUUAAAUCGGUACAUUUCUGGUUCAGAAAAGCUUUCUACUUCAAAUCUGUGUUUCCCACAUCUUCCGUCAAAGCAAUUUUUUCGCUUGCUGCUUUCUUGAACAAGUACGUGUUAAUUAAUGUGCUUCAGUUCGGAAUUGUUGCACAGAAUUGCCCUCAUUAAAAAGGUGCUUUGGUCUGUCCUUAUUUCAGUUAAAAAUGGGUCACAGAAACAUAUUUAUUUGCUUUUUGAUUCACCACCAUUUGCGUGAAUCCUUUUGUUCGUUUUCAAAUCCUCCCAAAUUAAGUGCAUUUACUAGUCUCACUAUUGCUAAAAAAAGAUUAAUGUGAAAUUGAUUAGUUCUUUCUUCAUAAUUAGUAUUAAUUAAGUAUAUUAUUUGAUUAUUUAACGCCGUGUAAAAAUUGUUUUUGUUCAGCUCUCAGGCGAUUGAUGGUUUAUAAUUCUUUGGAAUGCAGCAUAAACUAUUUUCAGGGCAUUGAAUUCGAACUGAAAAUUAAAAUUCAGUUUCUUUCUUACAGUUGUUUUCUUAAAUUAAUUAAAAUGCCAUUUUCAUCCUUUCCAUUAUGCAAUUGAAACCCUUCUUAAUCGACUUAGAAACCGUCUAAAAGAAAUGAUUUUG